UCAAAAGAACCCAAUGCACCUCUUUAAUUUACCUUUCCAUGGCCACCAUGUACCAGCACCACUCACCCUUUAGCUCACUUGACACCACUUCUUUGCAUUUUCUUCCCAAACAGAACUGGUACAGCCCCGAAAAGCUCCCCAUUCUCUCCCGGAGAAACAAUCACCGAUGGCGAAUACAAAUAACCGCAUCCAAAAGCCGCCAUUUCCCAUUCCUAACCUCGGCGUUCGAGCGCUUCCCCUUCUGGGCGCCAAAACCUGAAAAGAACGAAGAAACGACCGGUGGAUCACUCUCGGAUGUUGUCGGAAAGUCGGCCGGAUUUCCGAGGUCGGUUUUCCCCGGCGGUUGCUGGUGGAGCUUGCCGGAGCAUGACGAAGCGCAAUUCCCGUCGGUGAAACGCGUUACGGUUUGGUUCGCUGUUCGUCAAAUGUGGGAAUUGGUUGGAGAUGAUAGAUGGAUUCUCUUCGUCGCUUUUGGAGCUUUAAUCUUUGCCGCGAUUUCCGAGAUUUCAAUGCCCGGAAUAUUGACGGCGUGUAUUUUUUCGGCGCAGCGUGGGGAGGCGAUGGUGUUCUAUAGGAAUUCACAGCUAUUACUUCUAUUGUGUCUCGUCUCAGGGAUUAGCAGUGGCCUUCGCGUUGGCUGUUUCGCGAUUGCGAAUGUGACCAUGGUCAGACGCAUGAGAGAAACUGUAUAUUCUGUUAUUAUUUGUCAGGAUAUAUCCUUUUACGACAGAGAGGCAGUUGGUGAUUUGACGAGCAGGCUUGGGGUGGAUUGCCAACGACUGUCUAAUGUCAUUGGAAAUGAUAUUAACUUAAUUUUUCGGAAUAUUCUUCAGGGGACUGGUGCAUUGGUGAAUUUGUUGAUGCUAUCUUGGCCUCUUGCUUUAUCUGCAGUGGUGAUAUGCUCUGUGCUAUCUAUAACUUUUCGUUUUUAUGGCUGGUAUCAAAAGCAUGUUGCAAAGUUGACGCAAGACUUCACUGCUGCUGCAAAUGAGGUUGCACAAGAGACACUAUCUCUGAUAAGAACUGUGCGGAUUUAUGGAGCAGAAGAAAAUGAACGAAUAAGGCUCAAGCACUGGCUGGAUAAAAUAGCUUUCAUAGCAAUGCGAGAAAGUGGGGCUUAUGGUAUUUGGAGUUGGAGUUUCAUUACUCUAUAUCGUUCAACACAGGUUAUCGCAGUUCUUUUGGGAGGAAUGUCAAUUCUGAGUGGCAAUGUCUCGCCCGAGCAACUUACGAAGUACGUCUUGUACUGUGAGUGGUUAAUUUAUGCAACUUGGAGGGUCACAGACAAUGUGUCAUCAUUAAUGCAGUCUGUUGGAGCAAGUGAAAAAGUUUUCCAGUUAAUGAAUCUUGUGCCCAGUAGUCAUUUCCCAUUUAAAGGACAGAAAUUGCAGAGAAUAAUGGGACAUAUCCAGUUUGUGAAUGUUUCUUUUCACUAUCCUUCGAGGCCAAAAGUUCCAGUUCUAGAUAGCGUAAACAUUUCGGUAAAAGCAAAUGAAGUCCUCGCAAUUGUUGGUCCAAGUGGUAGCGGAAAGAGCACUUUGAUCAAUCUUUUGCUUGGUCUUUAUGUGCCCAUUAGUGGUCAGAUUUACCUCGACGGUUUCCCUCUUAGAGGGCUGGAUAUUAGGUGGCUGAGAGAAAAAAUUGGAGUUGUUGAACAGGAACCCCAUCUGUUUCAUAUGGACAUCAAGUCAAAUAUCAAAUAUGGCUGCUCUAGAGGCGUUAAACAGGAGGACAUAGAAUGGGCUGCAAGGCAAGCCCACGCUCAUGAUUUCAUCUCAUCUCUCCCUGACGGCUAUGAAACCCUUGUUGAUGACAAGCUACUCAGCGGAGGACAAAAGCAGCGAAUAGCAAUUGCUAGGGCCAUUCUCAGAGACCCUUCUAUUUUGAUCCUUGAUGAAGCCACUAGUGCUCUGGAUUCCGAAAGUGAACAUUAUGUCAAGGGGGUUAUCCACGCAUUCAGGAAUGACAGAAAUGCAAAAAGAACUGUCAUUGUUAUAGCACAUAGGUUUUCUACUAUAAAAGUUGCUGACAGAAUCGUUGUUAUGGAUAGUGGCCGAGUCAUUGAGGUGGGAAAUCACACAGAGCUUAUUCUCAAUGAUGGGUUAUACGCAAAGUUGAUUAGAACCCAGACAGAUGGCUUGGCUUGAUUCAGAACUAGCUUAUUUUGGCUGCAUUUUUAUCCUGCUCUAUUAGGUACUAACUAGUUUAUGCGCUUGCUUUUCUGUACACACACAUGUAGUUUAGGUUGCAGAUACGGCUAUAGGCGUGGCUAUGCUUAGUGGUUACAACGGUAGGAACUUUGACUUCUGACUGUUUGAGAAAUUGGAAAAUAUUUUGGUUAAUUAAGUUUGGUA